ACAAGAAAUAGGAGACAUUUUAUUUGACCUGUUUUUGCAUAAUCGCAGUAUUAUUUUAAUUUUUUGUGUAUGGUAAAUUCACGCACUGCAACAAUGGCCAAUUAUAAUAAAUCAUUAUCAAUAUUUUCAAUUGUUCUAUUUUUCUGCUUAUCAACAGUGUCCAGCCACGAACUGUGGUAUCAGACUCUUCCAUCUUCACAAGGAUUAAAUGCAGCCACUACAUUAGGUAGCAGCAAUCUAGGGUAUACCAAUGGUUUAAGUAGCUUAGAUUUAAGUAGUACCUAUGCAGGUUUAGAUGGAAAAAGUUUAGGAUACAGUGGAGGAUUAAAUGGACUAAGCACAGGAGGCUUAAAUGGUUUUAGUGCAAGCAGUUUGAGUGGCUUAACUGCAGGGGGAUACAGUGGUUUAAGUGCGGGAGGAUACAGUGGCUUAAAUUUAGGAAGUUACAAUGGCUUAAAUACAGGAAGCUACAGCGGUUUAAGUUCUGGAGGCUUAAGCGGUUUAAGUGGAUUGGGUGCAGGAGGGUUAAGUGGUUUAAAUGCAGCAAGUCUAAGUUAUCCAAGUUUUGGGGGUAGUAGUUAUGCUGGUUUAGGCAGCGCUGAUUUAAGUUUAAGCAGAAGUGCAGAUUUGAGUGCUUUGAAUAGCGCAACACUUGCUGGAACUAGCUUGGGCUUGAAUAGCGCAGCAAGCUACGGUUUGGGGGCUGAUGCAUUAGGUGCAUAUGGAUUUGGAGGCUAUAGCACAGGUCUAAGUGGCUAUAGUGGGUCAAGCGGACUUACUGGGUUUAGUGGAUUAAGUGGUCUGAGUAGUUUGGGAUUAAGUGGAACAAAUGGUUUGGGAGCUUACGGAUAUCCAGGCUUAUAUUCUUAUGGGAGUGCAAGUGGCUUAGCAGGAAGUGAUUUAAGUGGUUUAACAGUCGGUUCAAGUAGUUUACAUGCAGGUCACAGUCAUAGCCAUUAGUAAAUAACACAAAUAAACAAACAAUUUUUCAACAAGAAAGAUUCAAGUUUAUAUAUAGAUCACAUUAGCUACAACGUUAUUCUUGAGUAAUAAUGCUAACUGAAGA